AAACCUCACGGAAAGAAUUUCUGCUCGAAGCAAGAGAGAUGUGCGGUGGCGCCAUCAUCGCCGACCUCAUCCCGGUAGCGAAGCCAGACCGCCGCUCGCCGGUGAGCCAUCCCUGGCCAGCCAAGAACAAGAGGCCAUGGAGUGGCCAUGGUGACGACGACUUCGAGGCAGCUUUCGAGGAGUUCGAUGGCGAUUCUGAGGAAGACGCGUUCGAGAUGGAUGACAUAGACAACGACGCCGUCAAGGAAGAGGUGUUGGCGCCGUUCGGCUUCAGGCCGCUCUCUCCCCUGUUUCCUCACGGGCGCCAUGGCAAGAACACCUCGAGGCUGGAGGCGAAGCGGCGAGCGGGGAGAGGCGCGAGGAAGUACCGCGGCGUGCGGCAGCGGCCGUGGGGCAAGUGGGCGGCCGAGAUCCGCGACCCCGUGCGCGGCGUCCGCGUCUGGCUCGGCACCUUCCCUACCGCUGACUCCGCCGCGCGCGCCUACGACGGGGCCGCGCGCCGCCUCCGCGGCGCCAAGGCCAAGCUCAAUUUCCCGUCGUCCCCACCGCCAGACCGCAAGAGACGCCGCCGUGCCAGUGCCAACGCCAACGCCAGCGCAGUCAUCACGCACUGCCCGCCAACCGUGAGCUAUGCCGCGGCGGCGCCUGGAGUUGUGCGCGAGCCAGGCGGCGCCAAGAAACCGCCGGCAAACGGCGAGGCCACGCAGGCGCUGCCUUUGCCUCCCUCCGCGGUGUGCGCCAGCUAUGACGGCCAGGAGGCGUUCGACUCGUACGACUUGUACGGCGAGCUGGCCUCGUACUUCAGCUGCGACGGCGCGUUUGAGCCGCUGGAGAGCAUGCUCACUGGCAGCGUCGCUGCGGUGGAGCACGGGACCAUGUCACUGUGGAGCUUUGGCGACGACAGCUCGCUCUGCUUUUGA